AUGAAGCAAUCAAGAAAGGCUGCCAAAGUGGCUUAUCAAGGAUUGAAGGAGUUGAUUAAAUUUGGAAAGUUUGCUGAAGUUGAAGACACUCCUGCUGCUAGUUCCAUAAAUGUUGAGGUUGCCGAGGAACACGUGGCGCCCAAACCAAAAUUUCAAUUUGCAUUUGAAGAGAUUGAACAAAGUAUCUUAAUCCCAGAAGAGGAUGUUGCUGUCACUCCUCCGAUCGUCACUGAAAGGGAAAGUGACAUAAUGGUGCAAUCUGCAUCACCUACCCCUGAACAGAUGGAUGCUCUUAUUACAGAACUUCAGCGAACUGCAAGGAAGCCUCCCCAAACAGUUCAUGUUGAUACUGAACCCCCAUCUGGUAGUGAUUUGAAGACUCAACCAACGCUUUACUCCCAAGGAAGCGAAAGAGAAGAGAUCCAAGGCCGGGAAAAUGUUGAAGAAAAUGGCAUACCUUCGGAAGGCGCUCAAGCUUCAAGAAGCUCAUUUGAAACACCCGGGCUAGACAUCUCCAAAUGCAAAAGCAAGCUGCCUGAUUCUAAAUUGGUUGAUGUGGUUCUGCUUCAAAACAGAGUCUUUGAUCUAGAACAAAGCUCUGCGGAAAAAGAUUUGAUAAUUGGAAAGCAGUACAUUCGUAUCAGAGAAAAUAUCACUGCUUCUGGUUCUGGUCCCACCGAUCCAGCUUCUCAAUCUUCAAGUGAAAGAGCUACAAGACCUGCUCCAGAUGCUAAUCUUGAUACAUUCUUAUCUUCUGGUCCUGUUAUUGCUCAAGAAAGAAGAGAGAAGCAAAUAAGGGUUAAACAGCUAAAAGGGAAGAUGCUAGUGAUGAAGCAUUCAGAUCAAAAUGCUCCAGCCGGGGAGUUCCGGAGCAGCAGUCAGACAGUCUCAGAUUUAGCACCUCAGCAGCCAGCGUUACGAGUCAGUUCCGGACUUCGGUCCGAUGCAGAGGGCAAGGCCCUGUUUAGUUCCGGACUUCGGUCCGAUGUAGUUUCCGGACUUCGGUCCGAUGCAGAGGGCAAGGCCCUGUUUAGUUCCAGACUUCGGUCCGAUGCAGUUUCCGGACUUCGGUCCGAUGCAGAGGGCAAGGCCCUGGUUAGUUUCGGACUUCAGUCCGAUGCAGUUUCCAGACUUCGGUCCGAUGCAGAGGGCAAGGCUCUCGUUAGUUCCGGACUUCGGUCCGAUGCAGUGGGCAAGGCCCAAUAG